AUGGAUGUCCAAGGUCGAAACGCUCUUCUAGAAAAUUUUCAGCUGGACGAAAUUCACGCAGAUGCCAGGGUGACUCCCGCUUUAAAGCGACCCGCUGAGCACCCUCCUGAAUCACCCAACCCACUAAAAUUCUGGCGAGCUGAGAUGCCUUCAGGUGUUCAUCGAAUUCCGGGUCAAAACACGAUUUGUUCGAACGGGGACCGUUUUAUUGAAGACGUCGAAAGCAGUAACGAAGGUCUUCUAGACAGGAACAAGCAACCGAUCGCGAUACAUCGGGGGACAGUGGCGCCGCUCCCCCGUCGGCCGCCUGCUUUGUCUGCAUUGAUCCUCGAUCAACCUGAAGGGAGCAGCUCCUCUGGAUCUGAGCCAUUGACGAUUCCAGUUUGGAGUACCUGGGAUACUACAUUCACUUCACCGGAAAAGGAGGUCGAUUCUAGACCUGCCGGUUCUUCUUCGCGAGUAAUACCCGCUUCCCCGAGCAUACUUCCCACAAGCACCUCCACUCAUGAGGCCGCGAACCUUACUGGAGUUUCAUCGAGCCGACUAAGCGCUGCCCAGCCUGGCUCUCUUCUUCAUCAAGACACUGCACCCACCUUGCCGUCGGCACCGGCAAACACCCUUCUCAAAACCGUCUCAAACCCCAGCUCUCGAGCCAGCCCCGAGGAUGUUGGCGGUUUCACAGCGACGUAUCCUUCUCAUACCUCUACCGGUAGAUCUCCUGCGGCACUCAAUCCCAGCAAUACCCAUGCUAGAUAUCGCGACAAGGCUGAAGCAUCCGAUCACACUGUCCCUGAGCUAUGCAUCCCUGACCCUCGUAAGGCCGUCCCUGCGCCAGUUGAGGUUGACAUGUCUCAGCAUAAACUCUCCGGACUUCGCGAAGCUGACACGUCCCACUUCGUCCCUAACCCUUACCAAGAUGACGGCUCGCUGUACCUCAUCUCUGCAUCUGACGAGGCCGUUACGCAGCGCUUCUUCCCCGCACCCCGCAAAUCUCACGCAACCAGCCUUGCCCCUGUACCUGGACCUCAAUCUUCUCAUGGCGAAGGCCACGUAUCUCGCUUAAACAUGGUACCUGGAGUGGAACGCGAUGAUUUGCCCUCCAUUCGUGUUGGAAGCGUAGCACGGAAAAUUGAGGCUCACGCAGCUGGCUUUGGUCCUGUACAUGGACCUCAACCUUCUCAUGGCGGAAUGGGACGAGCUAAUAUGAACUCUAUUCGUGCUGAAAGCGUAACGCAGAGAUGGGAGAACCCUGCGCAUCUUUACACGGGCCAACCGAAUCAACAGCCAUCUCAAAACGACUUCGGCGGUGGCAAUUACUUCCAGCCUGAUUUCACGUAUCCAGGUAAUUCUAGAACGUCUGAGCACCUGAAUCAAAUUGGAGCUGCCCCACAUGAGUCGAGGCAAUUUGACGAGGAUAUAACCAUGGGUUCUGCGAUGGGUGCCAUUGACUUGUUCCCGAGAGUCGCAUAUCAGCAAACGACGAUUCCAGCUGACCCUCGAGCUCGCCCUACUCCAGAGCAUUCCAUGCCUCAGAGUUCACUGUCAAACACUAUGGUUCAUGGAUCCGAAACUCAGCAUCAGCAUCAAAACCCAUUUGCCUCAGUAGUAGACAGUGGACGUGCGCAUGUAGCUCCACUUUCGAAAACGGAGUCUCAUUCCAGGGAUGGAGCCGCCGCCCGUGAUAUCAGGAGGGAUGUUGGCGUUUCAGCUUCAAACAAUCCAUUCCUUCAAAGACGGGACGGUGAGGCCAGGGUUCAGCAAAACAAGAUUACGAGAACCAUCCCUCCCCAUCCACCCAGCUCUGAUGAUCGCCUCUACCAUCCUCAAGGCACGCUGGACGCUGGACGCUCUACUCGUGAAAGCAGUCGCUCCGCGUGCCUGCCUUCAUCCAAUAAUGUUCAUAAUGAGAUGGGAUCUUCCGCUAAUAUCCCUCCUUCCGACGCUACCUUAGACAAUGGGGACAUCAGCGCUCUCCUCUCCGAGCAUCGCUUGCUACGAGGCUUCGAGCACUACGCCAAAAAACUCAAUGCUGCUCAAGAAAGCCUGCAAGCUCAGAUGAACGACUUGAGCUUAGAUAUCAAACAACGCAACAAAACUUUUGACGCACAUGCGAAGGCAGUGUCGUUGGCGCUAUCUAAAUCCGGUAAGAAGAGGAGGGCCAGCAGCCAAGCCAGUAGCCCCGCAAAGCGUGCUCGGAAGAACUUUGAGCUUCCAGUGACAUCAUCCAGUGGCCGUAAAGAUGAAGAUGAAGAAGUUCAAGAACCAACAAUCGAAGCUUUUGCGGUUGUCGAUAAUUUCAGGGGCCAUACCAGCUGGAUUCCUUUGUUGGAAGCUGUUCGUGAUGUGUUCAAGGCGCUUCUCAAAAUCUCGGAUUAUAAGCCAAAAGAGUUCGAAAAGCUACCCGAGCCUCUAGAUGAUGAAGAAUUUGAAAUCUAUGCGUCCAUUGAGACUGGAAACAUGGUUUCCGUAGACAAGUUUCGGGUCGACUUUACACGUCCUUGGAAGAAGGACGACUUCAACGCGAGUGCAAGGGAGGUUUUUAUUAAUCACUUCUUAGAGAAAGUCAAGAGCGGCGCUAUCCUAGAACGGUACGGCAUCAAACCAAACUACGUUACGUGGAAAGUCGUUGGUGCCGCCAUUGACCAACAUGUCGUCCGUUACGUCCGUGGGCUCUAUAAUGAUUGGUAUAACGGAGUCUCCUUAGGGUCUGAGUAUGAGAGACGUAAACGAGCAGCGAUGGCCAAUAGGAAAAGCACGUUGCUAUGGAACCGGUUUACAAUCUGCCGGGAUCGCAAGGCGCUUAACCACCAUGCACCAUUGUUCGUCUCUCUGACUCGCGGGUGUAUGAGCGGGGACGAGACUGAGCCGGAGGAGGGACCUGAGAAAGCUCCGAAGCGUUACCUGAUUGUGAAACCGGUUUGGCGCAGUUUGGAGUUCACUAUCUUUUUGCAUGCCCUGGACCGCAAAUACAGAGAAGCUUGGCGUUCCCCUGGUGGCGGUAGACGCGCAACACCUGGCAAUCCCCCUCGUAUCUGCAAGGAAAGCAGUCUAUCUCACUUGGGCGUUGUUCCCAAGGGAUUACAUCGCAACUGCUAUGAUGCGAAGUGGUUGAAGUCUAUUAAGUCGUGGCAGAGAGAGAACUUGAUGAUAAUUGACGAAGAUUAUGAUUUUUCCAUCCAUGACAUAGAUGAUGAUCUGUAA